AUGUCAAGGAAAUCGGAAUAUAAACUCAAAAAGCGAAAAGGAACAAAGAAAGAGAGAAGUGUCAAUUUCUUUUCGGAUAUAACCUUACCUAAAAAUGAGGACGAAAUAGAUAUAAUAAGCAUGGAAGCUUCUCCAGGAAGGACGAAAGUCGACCAAUUUGGUUACGACAACGAGGCUUUCGAACCACCGUACGAUGUCCCGGAUGAUGAUUUUGGGUCUUUCCGAAAGGACAGUAGUGACACAGAAUCUGAACAUGACGAUCCUGUCAUCAAAUCUUCAGAGGAAGGAAAGAAUACUACGAAGCCAAUGAAUGGAAAUGCUGUUCAUGAAAAUGAUCCAUAUGAGCAGAAGACAGAAAAAGUAGAACGUUGGGACGUUUUUCGUGUUACAUCAGAAGACAAUGUUUCGUCAUCAGACUUAACUUACUUCCGUAAUUUUUGUAAAAACUUCAACUGGGUGCCAUUUCUAAUUGCAAUAGUUCACGUCGUUAUGAAUGGAUUAUGUUAUAAAUUUUCAAAAGCCGCAUGCAAGAUUAUUGGUCAAAGAUUAGCAUUUGGACUACCUCUUGUUUUAACGCCACCAAUAGCUUUGUCUUUUGUUCUUGGAUUGCAAUCAACGGCUACGAUGUCGGUUUAUGGUUGCGAACUGAAAUUUCCGACGUGGGAAGGUGACGUCACUAUUAUUCAGGACCAUAUCGAUGACUACUGGUUUGUUCUGGUUGGUGGGAUCCUAAGUUACCUGUCCCUACUACUGGUUACAAGUCACGUGUGGACACCUCGAAAGGAAAGACUGCAACCCACUGAUAAGUUGUUCGUCAAACCAUUGUAUUGUGGAAUGCUGUUAGACCAAUCUCUCCUUCUAAACAGGAGAAGAGUCGAUGACGAAUUUCUGUCUGCAUCAGAAUUCAAGUAUACAAAAACAAAAGACGAAGACACCAUUCCAAUACCUGAUCUUCCGGAAGACGGCAUCUUUAAUCCUACAGAAGACUGGUCAGUGUUGAGGAAGGAUGAUACUCCCAUGCUGUAUAUGUGUGCCACCAUGUGGCAUGAAACUGAAAAUGAAAUGACACAGAUAAUGAAAUCACUCUUCAGAAUGGAUGAAGAUCAAUGUGCACGUCGCCAUCUUCAAUUGUUUCUUGGUAUUAAAGACCCGGAUUACUAUGAAUUUGAAGCACACAUAUUUUUUGAUGACGCGUUUGACUACCAUAGCUUAGAAGAAUAUGAAUACAGAGCCAAUGAUUAUGUCAAAAUGAUGUUUGCUUGUAUAGACCUGGCAGCAAGUGCUGUUCAUAGUGUGAUGAUGAAAAUUCCACCUCCGACUAAAGUUCCCACACCAUAUGGUGGACGACUUAUUUGGCGCAUGCCUGGAGGAAACAAAAUCAUUGCUCAUUUGAAGGAUAAGGCUAAAAUUAGGCACAGGAAGAGAUGGAGUCAGGUUAUGUACAUGUACUAUUUCCUUGGACACAAACUAAUGAAUCUGAAAGACAAGACAAGGAAACAAAAGGAGAAAAUAGCACAGAACACAUUUCUCUUGGCCUUAGACGGGGAUGUAGAUUUCCAGCCAUCAGCUGUUCAGCUUCUGGUGGACAGAAUGAAGAAAAACCCAAAUGUUGGUGCCGCUUGUGGUCGUAUACAUCCUAUCGGUUCAGGACCUAUGGUUUGGUACCAGAAGUUUGAAUAUGCUAUCAGUCAUUGGUUACAGAAAGCUGCAGAAAAUGUCAUGGGGUGUGUUUUAUGCAGUCCCGGAUGCUUCAGCUUAUUUAGAGGCUAUGCAUUAAUGGACGAUAACGUGAUGAAACGAUACACAACGCCACCUACCGAAGCUAGUCACUACGUACAGUAUGACCAAGGUGAGGAUCGUUGGCUCUGUACCCUUUUGCUACAACAAGGAUACAAAGUAGAGUAUGUUGCUGCGUCAGAUGCCUUGACCUAUGCCCCGGAAGGAUUUAAUGAAUUUUAUAAUCAGCGUCGACGAUGGUCCCCUUCAACAAUGGCAAACAUUAUGGACCUUUUAAUGGAUUGGAAAAAUGUCACGGCCAAAAACGAGGACAUUUCAAAACUGUACAUCGCCUACCAAAUGUUUAUGAUGGUAUCCUCAAUAUUGACCCCUGGAACGAUAUUGCUGAUGAUUCUUGGAUCGUUGUAUACAGCUUUCCCAGCGAUUGAACCAUGGACAGCGUUUGUUGUCAAUCUUAUUCCAGUGGUCAUAAUGGUGGUUCUUUGUUUUGUUGCUAAAACGGACGUUCAGUUGAGUUAUGCGGCCAUUUUGUCCACCUUGUACUCGUUGUUGAUGAUGAUAGUUAUAGUUGGAUUGUUGAAGGAGGCAGUCGGGGCCGCAUUUUGUUCUGUGACAACGUUCUUCCUAGUUUUUGUAGCUGGUGUAUUUGUUCUCUCAGCAAUGCUUCACCCACAGGAAUUUUGGUGCAUUAUCCAUGGCUUACUGUAUUUUCUUGCAAUCCCAUCCAUGUCUAUGCUGUUGAUGAUUUACUCUCUCGGCAAUCUGCACGUGGUAUCCUGGGGAACACGUGAGACAAAGGCACCAACUCCACAACAAGGAGCGCAGCAAGAAAAACCUCAGCAGAAUGCAGUACAGAACUGGUUGGAAAAAAUUGGAUUAUCGGACAACAGUCAGGCGUCAUCCGAAUAUCAGUUUUCGUUCGGAAAUUUGUUUAGGUGUAUGUGUUGUCCACGGUCUGAUGUUCAGAAUGAGGAUGCUAGGUUGCGAGCUAUAUUGGAGCGACUGGAAGACAUGGAUAACAAAAUGACGGAAGUGACGUCAUUUUCACAACGUGGUAGCAUUUCCGGGUCAUCAAAACCGGACAAGAAGGACGAAGAAAUGACACCAUUUUCAAAACAGGAUGUCCUAAUGGACGGUGGCGAAAGAAUAAAUCCAAUUUACAAGGAAGAAAAACAGAAGAAAAGAGACGAACUAACAGAUCCUUAUUGGGUUCACGAUGGCCAGUUACGCAAAGGAGCGAUUGAGGUUCUGGAUAAAGGGGAGGUUGACUUUUGGCAAAAAUUCAUCAAGAGAUACCUGUUUCCAAUUGAAAGUAACAAGGAACACGAGAAGAAAGUAGCUAAUGAUCUGAUUGAGCUCCGAAACAAAGUUUGCUUAGCUUUUCUUCUUAUCAACGCACUAUUUGUUACAAUCGUAUACACGCUUACGGAAGUGAACAAAUCGGACGGUUCUCUGUCAAUUCCGCUUCCAUGUCAUAGUGGCAAUGAUAAGUCUGAUGCAAAUACAGGAAAUACAGGUCAAGGGAAGAUUGAACCUAUAUCCUUCGCUUUCACAGGUGUAUUUGGGCUCAUGCUGUUCAUACAAUUCAUUUGCAUGUUAUUUCAUCGCUAUUCCACUCUUUUACACAUCAUUGCUAGUGCAGAGGUCAAACUUAAAAAGCAUAUAAGAAAAGCUAUUGGAAAUAACCAAGAACAAGAUGUACAAAAUAUCGGUAUAGAAGAUGGAUUAGAUCUCGUUCGUCAAAUGCAAUCUUCAAAUGAACCGGAUAGUGAUACUGUUUCUCUUGAUUCGUUCGAUCAUCUCGGGGACGACACGACACGUGAUGAUGAUGACGAGUUACCAGGAGAACCGAAAGGGAAAGAUUUAUGGAACAAACUUCAGAAGAGGAGAAAACAAAUGGCUGCAAACACAUUAAGUAAAAAUUUCAUUAAAAAUUUCACAAAGUUACAACUCGUUGUGGAGUCGGAUGAGACAGCAAGUAUCUCGCCGGUAUCUGGGGAUAACUUCGGGUUUACUGAAGAUCGUAUCGGAAAUGUCCAGAAACAGUUUGGAAAGAGACGAUUUUCGAGAAAAUCUUUACAUACUAUCGUAAAUAUAGUCCAGAACGACUCCAUUAAGGACGAAAUAAAAAAACGAGCAGACCAACUAACCAAGAUUGAUGAUUUAAGGAAGGAGAGACUGCGGGCAAUUCUAAGGAAGGCAGUUCUGAAGGCUAAUUCUGAAAACAAAACAAGGUCUACUUUAGGGAGUGUUGUACAAGCGAAUCUAGUCCAGCGAAACAUAUCCAGAAUCGAUAAAGAAAUGGAUGAACAAAUUCAUAAUAUGGACCCUCCUCCGAUAGCAUCUAUCAGUGAGGAAGACGUUGAACCACGUGACAAUGCUAGCAACACAUCUUGGCCAAGCGAAAGUAAAUAUGCUUUAAAGAGCACAAAGGACGACACCAAGGAUCUUAAUAACUCAGAUUUAUUGUUUUGACAUUUUUGCACUUAUGGAAUCCGUACCCUAAUGAUAUCGAUCAUCAUGAGUCAUCCGCAAAAGUUCGUUUAUUACAAAUACGUCUUCGAUAACCUUCGGAUUUCAUCGGGUUUCAUCGCAAACGCUAUAUAAUUAAAUAUUUAGGUAGAUUGUUUAAUCAUAACUUUAAACUUUAAAUUUGUAAAUUUAUCAUUCAACAUGAUUGUAAAAUGAAAUAUUUCUAAACAAAUAUGUAUUGUACAUGUUUCGGUUUGUGCAUGAAUAACAUAUUCAGACACAUGAUGCAAGUUUGCGAUUAUACCUUUUAAUCAAUUUUCUAAAAACACCGUUCCCCUUAAAACGUUACAUAUAGCACAUUGUAAUUGUAAUUGUUUGUCUAUUGAUUUUAUUUCUUUAAAUAUGUUCUAUUACACAAAGGAAGCACUAAGAUUGGAAAGUGAAACAUUUUACAGCGAAAUCUGUCUAAAUUCAUUUCGGGUCAAUUUAUAGCUUGCUAUGCGGUAUGGGUUUUGCUCAUUGUUGAAGGCUGUACGGUGACUUAUAGUUACUUACUUCUUCGUUAUUUGGUUUCUAGUGAAGAGUUGUCUUAUUGGUGAUAAUACCCUUCUUCUUACGGAUAUGGUGAAGAGUUGUCUUACUGGUGAUAAUACCCUUCUUCUUACGGAUAUGAUGAAGAGUUGUCUUACUGGUGAUAAUACCCUUCUUCUUACGUAUAUGGUGAAGAGUUGACUUAUUGGUGAUAAUACCCUUCUUCUUACGGAUAUGGUGAAGAGUUGUCUUACUGGUGAUAAUACCCUUCUUCUUACGGAUAUGAUGAAGAGUUGUCUUACUGGUGAUAAUACCCUUCUUCUUACGGAUAUGGUGAAGAGUUGACUUAUUGGUGAUAAUACCCUUCUUCUUACGGAUAUGGUGAAUUACGGAAAUGGUGAAGAGUUGUCUUACUGGUGAUAAUACCCUUCUUCUUACGGAUAUGGUGAAGAGUUGUCUUACUGGUGAUAAUACCCUUCUUCUUACGGAUAUGGUGAAGAGUUGUCUUAUUGGUGAUAAUACCCUUCUUCUUACGGAUAUGGUGAAGAGUUGUCUUAUUGGUGAUAAUACCCUAUUUCUUACGGAUAGAUUCUAUGUUCACAAUUUCCUAAACACAGGGCGAAAAUUUUAACCAAUGAGCAACUAAAAGUAAUGAGAAGAAGAAUGCAGACAACAAAAAAAGAUAAAAAACAAAAAGAACAAUUAGGCAAACAAAAACAGAAAACAGAACAAUUCUGUAACACACAAAUAACUAAAGAUUAAGCAUUAGGACCCAAUCAUAUACCCGUUUAAAACCGAGUUCUUCCGAAAAACCAGCAGUUCCUGCUCUAAUACUAACACCAACAGUGUUACCCGUUUUAAAUUCGAUGAUGAGUUAUUUCCCUUGAUGAGGCGUGAUGAAACAACGGAUUUGUCGUUUUUAAAAUGUAACUUCCCUAACUAUAAGCUACCACCAAAGUCAUACAUGUAAAAAGAAUUGGUACAAGUAAGUCUGUUAACCUUAAACUGCACCCAAUGUGAAAAUUUGAAAUUUAAACAAUGUUUGGUAAGUUUCAUAUUUUGAUACAAAUGUUUGAUUUAUGAGGGUCCCGAUGGGUUUUUAGAGAAUACAGAAUAAUUUGCGAAAAAUAGAGAAUGAAAGCAUGAACAGGUUAGAAUAGAGAAACAUAGACAAAUAGAAAACAAUAAUGAGUGGAGAUUAUAGGAAUAAAAAUGAUAGAGCAAAAUUAUAAAACAUUGAAAACCCCCGCAUUCGGACCCCUCAUUAAUACAGGUUAUAACGUGCUUUGGAUUAGACAGGUCUUCGCUGUAACAGUACAUGUAUGUCAGAAGUAAAAGUUAAAGGACUGGUAAAACUGUCAUAUAAGAAUUAACAAAAAUUAAUAAUUAGUAAAGUGAUAAUGUGCCGUCACGUGGUUGUUUAUUAUUUAUGUUUCAUUCAGUUGUAUUUGUAUUAAUUUUAAAAAAAUGUGUUUGCUAAUAAAAACAUAAUAUAUUCUUUCAUACAAUAUGUUGUCAUGCUUUUUGUCUGUUUAAUAUAGUACUACUAAGGGGUGUUUAACGACCUUGGCUACCCAUUAUGGUCUCGCACGGUCGAAAAAUGAUAUAAGAUGUAUUUGAAAAGUCUCAUUUUUGGCUCCUUGAAUUCUAAAUUAAAAAAUAUCAUAAAUCUAUCAAACCAUCAUUCAUAUGUGUACAACGUAUUUAAAAGGGAGGUGAAAUUUACGAAAGGAACAUUCAAAGUCAUUAGUAGAAAAAGAUUAAACUGUAAGAUACCGCUCCACAUGUAGAACCCGUCAUGCCCAGCUGGUCUGCGCGAACGUACGACAGAUUCGUAAAAACUUAACGCGCCGUGUCAAGUAUAGUAUUCCCUUUUAUUCGAAAUUUGUUAACAUAUUCGCUUUAGGCUCUUCAGAAUUACUACAGUCAACAAAGUUUUUGAAAAUCAUUACAAAAUGUCUAGCUUGUCCAUCCGUAUAUUUGAUGUUCAUAGAUGCUUUUUUUUUACAUAAAUAAAUAUUCUUAUGACCCUGGCUCUGUAAAAAAAAACAACAACAAAAAAACAACAACUAAACACAAUCAAGAAGCUUUAACAAAAUAUUCAGGCUACAAACAAUAUUGAAUUUUGUACCUUG